GCCACGAGCUCUUCGCGCCACUGGAGGGAGCCGCGCAACCGGUGCUCGUCCAGGCCGGCGCUCUCCGUCUCUUUCUGAGCUCCUACCGCAGCCCCGAUUUCCAGAAAACGCGUCCACGAGAUGUGGAAGCCUUUUUCUGUUCUUGAGUGGGGAAUACGAUCUUUUGGACUUGGAACUGCUCAUCCCACUUUUGCUUAUGUCAAUCACCACACCCACAAGUGGAUUUCAAAGUCAAACAUGACCACCUUUAGGCUUAUGGCUUCACAUCGAAGGUUGUGAAUCGGCGGAAAAGAUAUGUCCCUCUACUUUUCCUUCGAUCUCGAUCACACUAAUAAUUACUCUGCUUCGCAUGUUCUAAUCCGUCUGUGUCGGCCAUUAAAGUGUGUUCCAAAUUAUGGAUUUUUCUGAUACAUAAGGAAGCUUUAGGGAUGAUCAUGUUGAUUUGUGAUAUGUUCUAAAGGAAGAUCGGUGAGAGUCAGAAUCAUGUUUGAUUCUCUGGUCUAAAGCUCGUUAUCACCCAUGGCGAGUCAAGAAGACUGGCCAUGUCCAAACAGUUGCAGUCGGCGUACGCCGGCAGGCCAUCGCCAAAGUCUUGGUCAGAACAACAAGUUCAAAUUUUGACCUGCUUACCCCAAAAUCGAAGUCAUUUUGCUUCUGUUGCUGAUUUGUCUCUGAUUGCGUUAACAUCGGUAGCUGUGAUUGAAGUCAUUUUGCUUCUGUUGGUGUUCGUCUAUGAUCGCGUUAAGAUUGCUAGUUGUGAUUUCACGUUUUGGACGGGUUUUGUAUCGAUGGAGUGAUGCUCUGAGAAGAUGUGAAGAUUCCACGCUUUCUUCUUUGGCAUUUUGGUCGGAUUUGUAGCUCAUGACAGGAACAAUGUUCUGAUCUGAUCCGAUCCGAUCCGGUCUUUCUUCUUCCACCAUGGUCAGAUGAUGAUAACAGAGACCAGAAACAAGUCGGUCAUAUUCACAGGCCACUCCGUGGGAGGUUCCAUCGCCUCCCUUGCGGCCCUUUACUUCCUCUGCUCGUCUUCUCGACCCGAUGCUCCAUCACCGGCUUCCCUCGUGUGCAUCACCUUCGGAAGCCCGCUGCUCGGAGACGAGACGCUCUCUCGAGCGAUUCUGAGGGAAAGGUGGGGCGGAAGGUUCUGCCAUGUCGUGUCGCAGCACGACAUCAUGCCCAGGCUGCUCUUCUGCCCUGUGAACGCCCUGCCUCCGCAGCUGGCAAUGUCGAUCUGCACCUUGAUGCAGUCAUGGCAUCUCUCGAUGCGUUAUCCGCAGUUUCCGAGACCUGCGCUGCAGCUCACCGACGACCAGAAAGCAGAACUGCAGGGAUACAUCUCGAUGCACAUCGGUGCAGCAGCAUCGGAGCAAACGCAGCACAUCAGCCCUUAUCGGCCCUACGGAAACUACGCUUUAUGCUCUGCGGAAGGCGCGGUGUGCAUCGACGAUCCGCUCGUUGCAGCGAAGAUGCUUCAUCUGACAUUUACGACAGGUUCUGCGAGCAUCAGCUUCGAGGAGCAGCACAUCUCCUACGGGAAUCUCGUGGUAGAUCUAUCACAAAACCUACAAUUUAGGAGGAGACUCCACCUCGAAGAUGACGCUCCAAAGUCCAACCGCAGCGCCGGGGUCUCACUGGCUCUGGAGACAUCAGGGAUCGGAAUCCAGGACAUGGGCGCCAUGGAGGCUCGGGAAUGGCUCGAGAUGAGCAUGUGCCGACGGCCGAAGCUGCAAUGUGCCAGUCUCGCUAUCAAGCUCGCCAAGGUGACGCCUUGUCGCGCCCAGAUCGAAUGGUACAAGGCCCUGUGCGACAACGACACGGGCUACUACGACAGCUUCAAGCUCCGGAAGGCUUCCAAGAAAGACGCAAGGGUGAACAUGAACCGCAUCAGGCUCGGCCAGUUCUGGGACGAGCUGCUCGACAUGAUCCAGAACAACAACCUACCCCCCGACUUCCACAAGCGAAGCAAGUGGGUGAAUGCAGCUCAGUUCUACAAGCUCCUGGUGGAGCCGCUCGACAUCGCGGAGUACUACAGAUGCCAGUGGCCCAGGACCAGGCGCCAUUACCUGACUCAUGGCAGGGAGAGGAGGUACGAAGUGUUCGACAGAUGGUGGAACGAUCGCAACAAGGAUGUCCCCGAGAAGGCGGCGGCUCAUCGGAAGCGGAGUAAGUUUGCUGGGCUGACGCAGGACUCGUGCUUCUGGGCCAAGGUGGAGGAGGCGAGGGACAGCGUGAAGAAUGCUUGGGCCGAGAAGAACCCCACGAAGCUGGUGAAGCUUUGGGAGAACCUGCACGGUUUCGAGAGCUACGCCAACGGACUGAUACGGAAAAAGGAGGUGUCGGUGGAUGUGGUGGCUCCGCUAUCGAGUUACAGCUUGUGGGUGGAAGAGCUGAAGGAUCUGAAGUCGAAGCAGGCGUGCCGUCUUCCUUCGGCCUCUGUAUUGGUCGGAGUAACAGGAGGAACGUAGAAGGACAAGAGAAUCCACCCAUCUCAUCGACGUUGUAACGGAGAUCGGUCUGUGACAUUUUGUUGGAAAAAACUAUGGAAGCCGAAUAAAUUUUUUCUUUAUUUGAAUAUUAAAA